UCACACAAAUAAGUUUGCUUUAGAAAAAAUGACUAAACAAUUCGCUUGCACUUUAUUGCUGUUGAUCGCAGCUACAGGCGCAUAUGCUGCUGGAAUUGAAGGUGGUGUACCCACCACAAUUGAGGAACAUCCUUAUGUCGCCAGAGUGCAGCGAGCAGAUGGCACGAGCAUCUGCAGUGGUGCUUUGAUCAAUGAGGAUACCGUUGUGACCGCUGCCACAUGUUUGGAGUUCUACGAUAUCAGCCAAUUCGUUGUGAGUCUUAAUAACGGUGCUAAAAUUGUAAAAAUUGCAAAGUCUAGCUACGAUUCGGCGUUCGAUUUCGUUACCAUGGAAAAUGAUAUUGGCAUUCUGAAGUUGGCUGAACCUGUUAAGGGUACUUACAUUCCACUGGCUGACAAAGACCCAGCUACCGGUGCCACUGGCGUUGUGACCGGCUGGAAUGCAAACAACGAACUGGUCGAUAUUCCUGAAACUUUCAUCGAUACUAAGGAUUGUGU